AUGGGGGCGCGGCUGGGCCGGCGGAGCGGAGCCGAGGCGGGCUCGGAAGUCGGGGCGGCGGCGGGGUGCGGGCCCGCGCCCUAUGAGCGCCGGGUGCGCUGGCUCCGCGAGAUCCAGGCGACGCUCCGCGAGCGGCGGCCCGAGCGCGCCCGGCAGCUGCUGCGCCUCCUGCGCCAGGACCUGGGCCUCGAGGGGACCCUCCUCACUGACAUCCUCUACAAGAAUGUGGCCUUCCUCAAUCUGGUGGACCCCAUCUCCCAUGACCUGCUGGUGAACCUGGCCCGGGACCUGCAGUGCCCCAAGACGGACUAUGAGCUCUGGAAGUCCUCGGAUAAGAUCUGCCGGCAGCUCAUCUACCAUCUCACCCCUCACUCCAAGCGGCAGCGAGGAUCCAGCCUGCCCCGGAGGAAGACCCUGAGCUGCCUCAAGAGCAGCCUCCAGAUGACACAGCUGACCGGGGAGACCGUGAACCUCUCAGGGAUUUGGCUGUCGGCGCGUGAUGUGCAGCAUAUCACGCGCUACCUGGGAAGCCAGGGAGCUGGGCUCACGGUGCUGGACCUGAGCUUCACAGGGCUGAGUGACGAGCUGUUGCGCCUGCUGCUGCCCAGCCUCUGGACACUGCCCCGCCUCACCCAACUCCUGCUCAACGGCAAUAGGCUGACGAGGGCCACUGCCCGUGAGCUCACUGAGGCUGUCAAGGACCCCACCAAGUUUCCUGCGCUGGCCUGGGUGGACCUGGGCAACAAUGUGGACGUAGCCUCCUUGCCCCAACCCCUGCUGGUUGGCUUGCGCCGGCGACUGAGCCAACACACUUCACUCCCCACCAUCUAUGAGGGCCUGGACCUUGAGUCUGAGGGUGGCACGGCUGAAGCCACCUCCACGGCCUCCACCUGGGGCUCAGUGGCUGCUGGGCCAGGGUCUGAAUCCCAGGCCUGCUGCACGAGGUGACCCGCCACCCACCCUGGCUCCUACCUGAGUGCCAACACUCUUAGGCACGUGGGAUGGAGGAUGAUGGAGGCCUUCCAGGACCCCGGAGAUCCGGUGUAAAUGCUCAGCCUGGAAUGAAGGGGAUGGAAGGAGACUGGCCUCACCAAAGGCCAGCCAGUCAGCCUAGGAUCAAGUGUGAGGCUUCUCCCAGCAGGGAGGGAGGGCCCAGCACCCGCAGUAAAAGGUGAUGCCCCCUCUGCUUCAGCCUUUCUACACUGUGGACCUCAGGGCCGCUGAGCGCCAGCCCUGCUUCUGGGGUGGGGAGAAGGGGUAGCCAAAGGUUCGGGGGUGCUGCCCACCUGAAAGGGAGGGACCAAGCUUACACUGACUUCCUGCAGGUGCUGCCUGGGCAGACCCCAUGGUGCAGGGUCAGGUCUAUCUGUGGGCAGGGGCUUAGAGGAGGCCUCCAGGGACCUGACCUUAACAGCUGGGUGGGGCUUGGAGUGGAGCAGGUUGGGAGGCUACAGAGGGGCAAAGCUCAGAAUGGAGCCCCACAGCAAGCUUGGGCCUGAGGCCAGGAUGCUGACCUCCCCACCAGGACCCCUUGGGCUGGGGAUAAGACUGUGCUGACAGGAGGCCACAAAGGGCAGGUGCAGCCCCCCCCCAACUGGGACCCAUCCCCCUGUACUUAGUGGGCAACUCCAUGGGGUUAGGAGAUACCUCAGACCAGAAACAAAGAGCUUGUGUGUUCCCUCCAGGCCCUGACAACCCAUGUGCACAGUCAUUCCUCUGGAGGACCCCCAGAAAGCAUGCAGGAGGUAGAGGUGGACACAUCAGCAGUGGGAGCUGGGAGUGGAGCAUUCUGAGCACUGCCCCAGGGGCAGUCGGCUCCCAGCAAGGGGCUAUCUUCUGUCUCCUCAAGGACCAUCAGGGCAGGCUCCAGAUCAGAAGCCUAAAGCCAUGGUUACCUGCUCAGCCAUGUGUGAAGACCUGGAGUACAGCCCAACUAGGAGUCAUUCAGAGCAAAGAAAGACAAUGAAGGAAUUUAAAGAUGUCCAGGGGGGAAACUGAGGCUCAGAAUGGGGAAGCCAGCAGCGGAAGUCUCCCAGGUCAGAUCUAGGGCAGUGGUGAUGCUCAUGGAUAAGGAGAGACCUGAUGGCAGAGAGAAGCUCCAAGGGCCAAAGAGAAGGUGGGGCACUCCCCUGGGCCUACAUACCCAGGCCCACCAGUGACCUUCCUCCACAGUCAGGACCAUGAGUCAGCAAUGAUUCCAGGUCAGCCAGAUGCAUAAGAGCCUCUUGGGCCAGAAAGGAGAUGGCCAAGAAGGGUGAGGACGGCAUGGUGCUGGGUUCCAGGAGCAGGAAGGAGGUGGGGAGGAAAAGGAGCUCCCCCUCUGCUGCCGCCUGCCCCUCCACCCCCCCACCCACCACCCGAGGACAGGCCCCUGCCAGCCUGGCUGCUUUUGGAAGAACCCUUAUCCGGAGGUGGUGGGAAGGGUGUGAAUUACACCAGGUUCAGCCCAGCUCUGCUCCUGACUCGCUGUUGGGACCUGGCCAGGGCCUCCUCUCUCCUGGCCUUGGGUCUCUCCUUUUUCCUCUGUGUUAAGGCUGGCUCUCCAGAGUCCCUUCCAGCUCUCAACCCUCCAUCCUGGGGUCCUGGCCCCCUCAGUCCUCCUUGUUUUAAAGACAUGGGCCUGCCCAUUGGCCUGGGAGCCACAGAAGUAUCUCCGGUGCCCUGGCUCCGGAACAAGGGGCUCAGGCUCCCCGGAGCAAGGUAGAGCAGGGUGGGAGAUGAAAAGGGCCAGAAGGGAAGAGAAAGAUGGGGAAGCUGGCCUUGCCCUGGGCAGGCUGUUAAGUCCACCACAGGCAGGCAGCCGUGUUCUGUGAUUCCUUGCUGGAGAAAUGCCGAGCUCGCUGUCCUCCCUGCCCUCCUGCUCCCCUCGCUCCCUGCCCACCACUGGCCCAAAUCCAGCCCACAAACCUUGAACGCCGCCGCUGGGAGAGAUUCCUACCAGGAUGGUGUGCCGACCUGAGCGGGGUGUCACCAGGCGAGCUCUGGGAGAAUUCAGGCAGCAGCAGCUGGUCUCAAUCUCCCCGCCUCUCAGACGGAGGCACGCGAUGCAAUAGCUGAGCUCGAACAUAAAACAGCUCAAGAGAAGAGGGUUGGCCUUGUUGCCAGGCAGGUGUCACAGCCCCUUCAUGAGCCCUCAUGCCAGGGGCCUCAUGGCCAUCAGCGAGGCUCCUCUAUCGGCAGAGACACUCCAGGAGGAGGGGUCUUGUGCCUUGUGAAGCUUUGGGGGCAGAGAGCCCCCACCAGGCAGGCUCCAGCCUGAGUUCCAGACCCCAGAGGCAACAGAUAGGCCUUGCCCAGGCCUAGUCUUGGAGGCAGAUAGGCUCAGCUCGGUCCUGGCCCUGUCACCCACUGGUGGUGUCCUCUCGGAGUCUGUUCCUUCAUCUUGGGAACUAGGUACACCAAGCCUCCCCUUGUCCUGCUGGAGAGAGCAUGACACGGUCUGGAAAGCGCCUGCUGCGUGGGAGGGCACAGGGCAGGCACACUCUUCAGCGUCAGUGGAGCCUCCACCCAGGGCUCCCUGGAUGGGAAUGGCAGGAGCCCAAACCUCCAGGACUCAGCAGAGCUGAAGCCAUUUAUUUAUUUAGAGAGCACUUCUGUAGCCUUUCCGUGGGCCAGGUACUGUGCAGAUGGCUUUACAUUCCUUUAAUUCUCUUUGCACUUAUAGGUGAGUGAACUGAGACAGGGAGAGGUCAAGUGAUCUGUCCAAGGUAAAGAGCUAGAAACGAGAGAAGCCGGGAUGUGAGCCAGGAGGCCUGGGUUGUCUGUGAUGCUAACGCCAGCCUGAUGCCGCCUGUCCCACAGCCAUCCCGGGUUGGGGGCAAAGGGUGGUUGCUGAGGGUUCAUGGGAAUUCUUGAGCAAGCCCCCGCCGGAGACACCAUUUGACAUAGCAGACCUGCUUUGAUGGCAGGUGUCCUGCAGCUGAAGAGACCCUCAGCCACACUCGCCCUAGCACAAGACCAAUCAGGACCUCCCUGGGCCUAUUUCUUUGUGUGCAAAAUGGGUGCAGAGGGGAGCAGUGAGGACCUAGGCUUUGCCCUUUUCCACGAUUGAAAGGGACAAAUGGGGAGUGGGUUCAAAAGCACUCAGCAGCCUGAAUGAAGCCCAGCCCUGUACUUAGGGUGCGGGAUCGAUGCCCACUUCUGACGGUCUGAGUGGGACAACUGCAGUUACUUUCACCUCUCUGGGCAUCAGCCUCCUCAAGCUUAAACAUGCUUUGCCAGGAUGUUCAGAGCAUUGGAGGGAAACAUGUAGGAAAGAUACCUGUGAUCCACAGGACCUCUGUGACCUGCUUGGGAACUUCUUUACUGCCCAGAAGGGAAAAUAUUUGAGUCCAGAUAAGGUGCUUUCCAUAUGAAUCUACAGCAAAUGUCAGCCUCUGCUGAGUCUUCAUCUUGAAAAUCCAAAAUCUCAUGCAGCUGAUCCGAGUGGUUGAUAUCAACCCAGCACAGAGGUUUUUCUCUAGGUUCUAGAGGGAAAGGAAAACACACUUCCUCUUAGAGAUGAUUGCAAAUCAUCAGUGAAAACCAGUAUUUCCUUUCCCAACUGUAUACUUCAGUUUUAAUUUUUAAAAAUUAUAUUGUGUUUUUAUCUUUAAAAAAUAUAUAUUUAUUUUUAGACAGCGAGAGCAUGCAUGAGCAGGGGGAGGGGCAGAGGGAGAGAGAGAGAAAAAAUCUCAAGCAGACUCCACACUGAGCAUGGAGAUUGACGCAGGGCUCAAUCGCAUGACCCUGAGAUCAUGACCUGAGCCAAAAUCAGGAGUCUGGCACUUAACUGACGGAGCUACCCAGGUGCCCGCAAAAUUGUAUUGUAUCUUAAGAUUUUAUUUAUUUAUUUAUUUGAGACAGAGAGAGAGCAUGAGCAGAAGUAGGGGCAGAGAGAGGGAUAAGCAGGCUCCACACUGAGCAGGUUGCUUGUCGCAGGGCUCGAUCCCAGGACCCCAGGAUCAUGAUCUGAGCCAAAGGCAGAUGCUUAAUAGACUGAGCACCUGGGCACCCUUGAACUGACUUUUAAAUGGAAACACAACAUAUCAGAAUUUAUAGGAUGCCACUAAAAUAGAACUUGGCGGGGGUACAUUUAUAGCAGUAAACAUCUAUUUAAGAAAAAAAAGAAAGGUCUCAGAUCAAUGAUCUCAAGCUAUAUUAAUACCAGACAAGAAAAUUCACUUAAGAAUCUAGAAAAAGGGGUUCCUGGCUGGCUCAGUUAGUGGAGCAUGUGACUCUUGAUCUUGGGGUUGUGAGUUCAAGCCUUAUGUCGAGUAUAGAGAUUAUACAAAAAUAAAAAAAAUAAUUAAAAAAAAGGAUCUAGAAAAAGAAGAGCCAAUGAAAACUAAAGUAAGCAGAAAGAAGGAAAUAAAGAUCAAAGUGGAUAUCAAUGAAAUAGAAAACAGAAAAUCAUAGAGAAAAUCAAGAUGAUAAAAUUGAUAAACUUCUAGCCAGACUGAUCAGGAAAGAAGAAAGAAAAAAAGACACAAUUACCAAUCUCAGAAAUGAGAGGGGUGAUUACUACAGAUUCCACAGAUAUUGAAAGGGAAUAUCAUGAAAAAUUUUGUGCCAACAAAUUGAACAACUUAGAUGAAAUGGACAAAUUCCUUAAAAGAUCCAAAAUACCAAUAUUUAAGAAGUAACUAACCUGAAUAGUCCUAUAUCUAUUUUUUUUAAAUUUUUAUUUAUUUAUGAUAGUCACAGAGAGAGAGAGAGAGGCAGAGACACAGGCAGAGGGAGAAGCAGGCUCCAUGCACUGGGAGCCCGACGUGGGAUUCGAUCCCGGGUCUCCAGGAUCGCGCCCUGGGUCAAAGGCAGGCGCUAAAC